AUGCUUAUAUAUUCCAUUUAUUUUGUUAUGGGUCAACGUGGUAAACCGAAAUUAGUGGUUAAAGGUUAUGCUUUCAUUAGAAAUAAAACAACAGCCGAACGUUUAUAUUGGAAUUGUGCUCACACCAAAUCGAAUAAAUGUCGGGCGCAUUUAGAACAAUUGGCUCGUAAAUCUGGCAUUACAAUUACCAGAGGAAGCAAGGGUAAACCGAAAUUAGUGCUGGCUGGCUAUGCCUAUUUUCGCAAUAAUGUCAAAGGUUCAAAGACCUAUUGGCUGUGUGCCAAAAAUCGCUGUAAUCGUUGUAAGGCUAGAAUAAUCACUUGUUCAGUAAGCGGUGAAUUAGUGAUUAAAAAUCAAGAACACAAUCACAUGCCAAGUUUGAAACAAGAAUUGGAAUAUGAAAUAGAUUAAGAAUAUAUAAUGGAAAAAAGUGCAUCAGUAUAUUUAAUUUUUAAAAAUAAAUGUGUUUGUCUUUAGCUAUUUAUUUAAAAAUGUUUAGUUUAGUAAUUAUGUAUAGUUAAUGUAGAUAAACAAUUAAUGUUAUUUGUUUAUUUGUAAGUAAUAAUAUAAUGUUAGUUUUAGUGGACAAAUGUAUUUAAACCAUUAUUCGAAUAUUAAUGAAAACGGGAUAUUUUAAAAAUAUUAUUUCAUUUUCAAAAAGACAGAUGAUUAAAAAAGUUUCUAAACUUUUCAAUCUCUAAUUAAAUACUCUUAGGGUACAUAAUGACAUAAAUAGUAGUAGUAAUCAAAUUUUUUCAAGAUCAGUUUUAGUUUAGUUCUAGUUCAGUUCUAGUUCAGUUCUAGUUCAGUUCUAGUUCAGUUCUAGUUCAGUUCUAGUUCAGUUCUAGUUCAGUUCUAGUU